GGCGCGAUGGCAGUCGAUCUCCCAAGGUUGGGAAGAAGUGGCAGAAAGAAGCAAAAAGCCAAGUCGGCAUCGUCACCACAACCGAGCUCGAAGCUGUGAUCGACCAUAGCAGUAGCGCGCGUGAGAUCGCGUGCAUUCUUCUUUCUGCGCCCUGACAGCAGCAGUAACAGCAGAAACUAUGCCCCCAGACGUGCCAGACAAACCACCAGCGGCCGACAUCCAACGAGGCGACUACACAGACGACCAGCUCGGAUCUCUCGCCUUCUUCCUCUCCCGCCUUGUAGAGCCGUAUCUCCAGUAUCAAAUCCUAGCUAAUGGCUAUGGGUCUUCACUCAUCCGCCGUCUCGGAGGCACGCCUCUACCUCCAGGCCCUGCUCUAAGCACGCCGUCAUUCAUGGGCCGCCUCGGUCUCUCACCCUAUCGUACCAUUCUCUUCGGCAUGUCUGUAGGAAGCAUGGUGAAACAGAACUAUUGGCUCACUGUGAUUCGAAGAGAGCGCAUGACACCAGCGCUAGGAGUAAUGGUGGGCGUGCUCAACGCGGCCAUGAAUAGCUUGAACACUCUGUUAUUUGUAUGCGCGCAAACGAGCGCAAGCACGAAUGGAGAGCACUUCCCUCAAACGCCUCUGCAGGUCGGAACUGCACUAUACGUCUUAGGCCUCGGCAUUGAAUGGUUGAGCGAGGAGCAGAGACAUGCAUGGAAGAAGGACCCGAAGAACAAGGGAGAAGUGUAUGGUGGUGGGCUAUGGAGCUUGAGCAGACAUAUCAACUACUUCGGAUACACACUUUGGCGGGCAGGCUACGCUCUUGCUGGUGGAGGCUGGGUGUGGGCUGGAACCGUGGCUGCAGUUUUCACUGCUCAAUUCGUGAUGGCGACAAUUCCCGGUCACCAGAAGUACAUGGAGGAGAAGUACGGCGAGAAGUUCAAGGCAUACGAGCGGAGGACGCCUCACAAGUUUAUCCCUUGGAUCUAUUGACAGGAGGAAGCCGCAUGCCACGUACGUUGAAUUUGUUGAUGAUACCCAGAAAUUGCGCUACGAAACACAUUAUUGGGCUCGCAAACAGAGAGUUGUACGUAUGGCCCGC